AUGUCAGACCCCCCCAACAACACCCAAACCACGUUUAGUGGCGGCGACCCUCCUGCCGACAAUAAUUAUACCGACAAUAAUAAUGAACAGACUAAUAUUAAUGAUAUGCAAAAAAUUAUUGCUGUUGAACUGAAGGAGAAAGAAAGUUCUCAUUCCAGAGGACCUCAUUCUCAUGAAGCUCAUCACAUCAAACCCUCGACAAAAAUCCAAAAAAAUAAUGAAAAACCAGACUCCCAUAAAAAAAUUGAAACUAUCCACAAAAAGCUUGAAUCGAAUGAUAAGCAUAAUGCUUCUUCAAACCACGAAACCCCCGUUGAAACCCCUAUUGUGAAUGUUGGUCCAACCUUGAACCCUACCUUUGACUCUUCACCAGAUGGUGGUGAUGUGGAAAUUGACGCAACACCAUCACGUGACAUGGAUGUUCUCAUGCCGGAUGCAAAUCCAUUUGGUGAUAAUUCUGAAGCCUGGGAAUACAUCUUAAAACUUAAGGAUGUAUUUCUGGUUGAAUUGUCUAUUGUUAAAGAAGACUUGAGUAUUACAAUUGAAGAUUGGGAAAUAAAAUUUCAAAAUCUUGAACUUAAAAACAAUGAGUUAGCUAAACAACUCAUUGCUUUGACCGAAAAGCUUAAAGCUUCAGAAGGACAAGUGAAUUCUCUUCGCUCAGAACUUGAUGUUUUGAGAAACAAUCAGGUUCACACAGAAGUUAAACAUGUAAUGUUUGAAAAACUUAAAAAGGAAGUUAAGGAUAAUAAGGAUCAUUGCGAUAAACUACGCAAAAAGGAAAUCAAGAGUGCGGUAAGAAAAGUCGACACUUUGCCUUUUGCUUUGACCCCUAAAACUCCAAAUGGAGCAACUCCAAAGUUGAAAGACAUUAUGAAGGCUCAAAAACAACACCGUGAAACUAAAGUUGAUGAAGACAAACCCACUUUUAGAGUGUGCAUAAGAAUUCCAGAUACCAUGAAAAGAGUUAAUAUCCCUGCGAUUGGAAAGAAAAUUGAUGCGGUUGCACAAAAGCCGGUGGCUCAGGAAAUAGGCUAUACUGUCAAAGGGCAUUUAUAUGUUCAACUUAAUGACAAAGAUUUUGCUGAUAAAGCUGCAGAAUGGAUCCCCAAAGUUGACCCUACUUAUUCAGUGCUUGACACAGAUUCUUGGUACAAGGCUGUACUUCAGGAAAUACCUAAUACGGCAUCGAUUGAAGACUUGAAAGAAACUCUCUACAAUUUUAAUGAUUACCAUAUUGUUUUGAAUACCGAACCCAAAAUCAUUAGCAGAAACCAAUUUACCCAAACAGCAUUGGUUUCAUUCAGAAAUGCCCAAGACUAUGCAAAGUGUGCUGAUAAUCUUAUUAUCCAGUACACAAAAGUUAAAGUUAGACCUUUUAUUAGCAGAAAAAAAACUCCUGAAGAACUCCAAGCUAUGCGUAAUAAGAUACGAUUAUUGAAAAAUGAAUCAGACAAAAAGGAUAAUGAGGCCCAUCCUGUUUCCACUGACGACUCACAAGAUGAACCGAUGAAAGAAACAAAUAUUGAGGAACUAGAUGAAUCCAAUGAGGAAGAAAACGAAAACAAUUCUAUUACAUCUAAUGAAUUAUAA